AUGAGAUAUUCACUCGUGGUUGCUGGGUUACUGGCCGCAGCCUCUCCCAGUCAACAAGAAAGUACUUUGCAUCGCGGUACCAAACAAUCUCGUCAACCGUCAAAUUCUACAUAUCCCGGUGCUGUGUUCGGUCAAACCAGUGACCCAUUUUAUCCUUCACCAUGGAUGAACCCAAAUACCGGCGGGUGGGAAGAUGCUUAUGUGAAGGCUAAGGAUUUUGUUUCCCAGCUCACGUUGUUGGAAAAGGUUAAUUUGACUACUGGUGUUGGAUGGAAAGGGGAACAAUGUGUUGGUCAAGCAGGAUCAGUUCCUCGUCUCGGUCUCCGAUCGAUGUGUAUGCAAGAUUCUCCAGUUGGUGUUCGUGAUACCGAUUUUAACUCGGUAUUCUCGAGUGGUCAAUCUGUUGCUGCCACUUUCGAUCGUGGUUUGAUGUAUGCUCGAGGCUAUGCUAUGGGCCAAGAACAUAAAGCAAAGGGUGUUACUGUACAACUCGGUCCAGUUGCUGGUCCUCUUGGUCGUGCUCCACAAGGUGGACGUAACUGGGAAGGAUUUAGUCCAGAUCCUGUCUUGACAGGUAUUGGAAUUGCUGAGACCAUCAAAGGUAUUCAGGACGCCGGUAUCAUUGCUUGUGCUAAGCAUUUUAUCGGUAACGAACAGGAACAUUUCCGUCAGUCUGGUGAAUCGCAAGGCUUCGGCUCCAACAUUACUGAAUCCAGUUCAUCCAACAUUGACGAUGUAACCAUGCACGAGACAUACCUCUGGCCAUUCGCAGACGCAGUUCGCGCGGGUGUUGGUUCCAUUAUGUGUUCUUACAAUCAAGUCAACAACUCCUAUGCUUGUCAAAACUCCAAGAUGCUCAACAACUUGUUGAAGGAUGAGCUCGGAUUCCAAGGUUUCGUCAUGACUGAUUGGCAAGCUCAACACACCGGAGCAGCUUCCGCUGUAGCUGGGUUGGACAUGACCAUGCCUGGUGAUACCCUCUUCAACAGUGGAGAAAGUUUCUGGGGAACCAACCUCACAUUAGCAGUCAUCAACGGAACCGUCCCAGAAUGGAGAAUUGACGACAUGGCAAUGAGGAUUAUGGCUGCUUAUUUCAAGGUUGGCUUAACACUUGACGAGCCAGAAAUUAACUUCUCUUCAUGGACUCUCGAUACAUACGGACCACUCCACUAUGCAGCUGGAAAGGAUGUUCAACAAAUUAACUGGCACGUCGAUGUUAGAGGAGACCAUGCAAAGUUGAUCAGAGAUAUUGGAGCUCGAUCAACAGUUCUCUUGAAGAACACCAAGAACGCACUUCCUCUUUCAAAGCCCAAAUCCCUCGCUGUCAUUGGAGAGGAUGCUGGCCCAAGCCCUUACGGACCUAACGGAUGUUCUGACAGAGGUUGCGAUAACGGUACCCUUGGCAUGGCUUGGGGUUCUGGUUCUGCCAAUUUCCCUUACCUUGUCACUCCAGACACUGCUCUUCAAAACCAAGCCAUUGCUGAUGGCACUGUUUACCAGAGCAUCUUGGAUAACUAUGCUACAUACCAAAUUGAAGCACUUGUCAGUCAAGAAGUCACCGCCAUUGUUUUCGUCAACGCCAACUCCGGAGAGGGCUAUAUCAGUGUUGAUGGAAACAUUGGUGACCGCAACAACCUUACUCUUUGGAACUCUGGUGAUGAAUUGAUUAAGAACGUCUCUGCUCUUUGCAACAACACCAUCGUCGUUAUCCACUCCACCGGACCUACUUUGGUUGGUGAUUGGUACGACAACGAGAACAUCACUGCAAUCUUGUGGGCUGGUGUACCAGGACAAGAAAGUGGAAACAGUAUCACUGAUGUUCUAUAUGGAAAGGUUAACCCUGCUGCCCGUACACCAUUCACAUGGGGACCAACCAGAGAAAGUUAUGGUACCGAUAUUCUCUACGAGCCAAACAACGGCGAGGCUGCACCACAGCUCGACUUCACCGAAGGCAACUUCAUUGAUUAUCGUGCUUUUGAUGCUCAAGGCAUCGAACCAAUCUAUGAGUUUGGUUUUGGUCUCUCAUACACCACAUUCAACUACUCUGGUCUUACUGUUACCAAGAAUGCCAAUGCAAGCAGCACCUAUACUCCAUCAUCUGGAUUGACUCAAGCUGCUCCAUCUUUCGGAAACUUCUCUACAGACCUCAAUGAUUACAUCUUCCCCAACGGUUCAUUCCCAUAUGUCUAUCAAUACAUUUAUCCAUACCUUAACACCAGCGAUGCCGCCGCCGCAUCUGCGGAUCCAAAGUAUGGACAAAAUGCCUCCGAAUUCCUCCCACCAAAGGCACUUGAUGGAUCUGCUCAACCUAUCCUCGCAGCGGGUGGUGCACCGGGAGGUAACCCAGCACUUUACGAUGUUCUCUACACCGUUACUGCACAGAUCCAAAACUCUGGUGAAGUCGACGGUGAAGAAGUUCCCCAACUCUAUGUUAAACUCGGUGGACCAAAUGACCCUCUUAUCGUAUUGAGAGGGUUCGAAAGACUUUCCAUCCCUGCAGGAAACACUACUACUUUCACUGCUGAUUUGACUAGAAGAGACUUGAGCAACUGGGAUACAGUCGCGCAAAACUGGUUCAUUAGUAACUACACUAAGACAGUUUAUGUUGGUUCCAGUUCGAGAAACUUACCAUUGAGUCAAGAUUUGGCUUAA